GUAAAUUAAGCCAAAAUUUAUCAUACAUGGGAAGAUAAUGAGGCGCAUAUUCAACUACGAAACUGCUGUGUCACAGAACGUAUUUCUGGUUUGUAGGCGAUGUAAUACAAAUCAAAUGAACUCCGUUACUAUCAUCAACCCACUUUCUUACUCUUCUUCUCACUCUUUUCCACGCUAUCGUAACCACACCUGCAACUUCUUCAAAUCCCCGCGCAACUCUUUCUCCACUAAACGACGCCGUUCUCGCAGCUCCCGGCGUCACAAAAUCACCCCGACGGACACGCCAUCCUAUAUCAAGCGCUCUUCAUUACUGUCCAGUAACGAUUCCGACACUGAUGCUAAUCUCAAAUUAGUCCUUGACGUUAAUUCAAUUACGUACAGAUUCAAUCAUUUUGUUUCUUUAUCUAAAAAUGCUUACUACGAUUUACAAACCCUAAUUUCGCUUGAUGAUGAUAACCGGAUUGUGGUUUCUUGUCGUAAAUCGACUCUUCAGUUCACUGGAGCUGUGUUACUUGGUGGGUUUGUUUUAGUUUCUGUAAUUAGGGUUUUCGUUAAGUUAGGGUUAGGGUUUAGGAGUUGGAUUUUUAAGGUUAAUAAUAGGGGGGAUAGCGUCGUGGUUCGUAGGGAUAGGAGUCUUGGAGGGAAGGAAGUGGUUGUAGCAAGGAGAGAUGUGGAGGUAGCUAAGAAACCUCAAUAUGGGACAAGUUUAGACAAUCUCAUUUCUUUGGGGUCUGGAUUGGGGAGGGAUGAUUGGCGGAGUUAUAGAGUCAAGCAUGCUUCUAAGUUGCCCAAAUGGUGGCCUGUAUUGCUUACCACAGCAGGGGAGGAUAUGGCAGUGGUUGAUAAGCAGGAGUACCAGAGGGAUGCCAACCGAUUAGUUCGAGAAAUCACAGACUAUAGAACAAGCGGAAAGGAUGUUACAGAGCAUGAAAUAAUUCAAUUACGUCGAAUCUGCAGGACAUCUGGAGUUCAAGUUUCCUUUGACACUACCAAUACACGGGACUCUUUCUACCGUGCAUCAGUUGACUAUGUUUUAGAUAUCUGCAGCAGGGACCAAGGUUAUUCUACCUCUGUUCAGAUUGAUGGUGAAGAUCCUAAGGAUUUCGUUGCUGGGCUUGCUGAAAACAUUGGUCUUGAGAACACUCGUGCGGCAAGAAUGGUAUCUGCAGCUGUUGCUGCACGAACGCGAUCGCGUUUUUUACAGGCAUGGGCUUUGGAAGUGCAAGGUAAACAUUAUGAAGCAGCUCAAGAACUAUCAAAAACAUGCAUCGUUCUCCAAACAUUUCCUCCUGAAGAAUCUUCUCCUGAAAUGGAAAUGGUUGCCCGGGGUCUAGGAAAAAACUUGAAACUGGAGCAGCGGGAACUUUUAAUGAACAUGUUUGUUUCAGUUUGCGGUGAAGAGAGCCAUAGAAGUGCAGCAGACGCCCUUGGUUUGAUGCCCUCUCCUAGACGCGUUGGUGAUGAACAGGAAAGCAAGCUAGCUACAUGAAUAGUUACAGAAAAUGAAAUUUAUUAUUUGGUUAUAUAACACAUUGCAAUUUAUAUACCUGACAGAGUGAAGAUUUUGGAUAAUAAGCAAUAUUGUUACCUUCAUAUGCAGCUCCUUGUACCACUACACAUUUAUUCAUGGAUAUUAAUGUUCAGGAUCA